UUGCAAGUAGAAAAGUCUGGGACCAGGAGAACAGCAACCCAUACACUGUUUCACGUGACGUAAACAACGCAGAAUAUGACUGUAAUGCAGCCUGGGAUUUGAACUUGAACCUAUGGAAGCGCAAUGGGAGAAAGACUGGUAUGAUGUUCUUACUGGGUCGCUUGUCAAAAUCUGGAUGUCAAAGUCUGGACGUUAUGUGGCAGGAUGGUGGUAUCGACCGGUUUAUCUUGUGGAUGUGUAAGAGUCGGCGUGUGUGUACCGUGGUUCGAGGGCUGGGGGGAGAGGGAGGCAGCCUGGUGUGCGAGGAGCGGGUUGGUAUAAAGUGCCUGUUUGCGUUGAAUUCCUCUUUUACUCAUCUCUCAUACACAUAUACAGACUUACAUACACACACUUACACACACACACACACACACACACACACUACAAUGGCCUCCCUGAUGGACCUACCGCGCGAGCUGCGCGACAUGAUCAUCGACGACGUCCUGGGCUCUCUUGCACCGGCCCCUGUGCCCUCACACACGGAUGCCACCGACGGCGAGGACACGGAACCUCCCUCGUCAAUCGUGCACACGUACGACACCCCCUAUCCGCGCAUCCCAUGGCACAUCAACCCCCUCCUCCACACGUGUGCACAGCUCCGCGUCGAAGUCUCCCAGCGCGCAGCGUUUCUCAAAACCCCCCUCGUCCUCGACAUGCUCAUCCUCUCGGACGGAAACAUCAAAAGCACCUUCCUCACCCCGCUGAGCCGGCCCCUGGGAAGUAAGAUCCACAUGCAAGUCCACAUCCGCGUGCGGCCCGUCAAAGUCCGCUUCUACGAGACGCGCGUGCACAACGAGACGUUUAGGACUGUGGGGCCGGUGCGCGCACCGUGGCUCAUCACGUUUGCGAAACUCACGCAUGUACAGCGGAUCCCGGAGCGGGUCGUGGCCGCGUUGAAAGAAGCUGUUCUAGGGGUUUUGUUCGCGGAUGGGAUGAGUGUUUCUGAACGGGCGGAGAGAGCGGAGACUACGAAGUGUACGCCUGUGCUGUUCAUCGCGGAGGUGCGCAUGGUUGUGCAGCGAGCGGAGGGUGUUGAUGGAAAGGUAUUGGAGAUCCCGCACGGUGAGGAUCCAGCGGAGUACUACCAGCCUGGUGAUGAGCUCGACGAGUUUCCGGAGCGUGUGGGCGACACUUGGCUUAACGGGCUGCUGGACAUCCGGACGGCGUGGUGGUGUGCGGACUUUGAGCGCGAGGCGGGGUCGCUGCUGGCGAGGGUUGGAAAGAUGAGACUGGAUUUUGAGGGGAAGCAUACUCGUGAGUGGAAGAUUGGUGGGCUUUUGAGGAUGAUGAAGGAGGAGAUUGAGGUGAGUGCGGCACAGAAGCUGGGGAAGGGUGAGUGGGGGGAGGGGGCGAUGAUGUUGGAGAUGAAGAGGAGGUGUGCUGCGGUUCGUCGGCAGCGCAAUGUCCUGAAGAGGACUGACAGGAUGUAGAUGGAUAGAUGUGUUUGCAGUGUGGGGUGAUAAGUAGGCAGGAUAUGGAAAAAC